AUGGGUUCUCCCUUAAACCCUUCCAAGGAUACUUCCUUUGCCUCUGCCGCCUCCCCCUACUUCACCUCCCUCGCCCGCCGCCGCCAACAAAAGAAGAUGAGCAUCACUCAAACAUACUACCUCGCUCACACCGCCCGUAAGAAGCUCACUCGUGAAGCUUCCCGGGCGGACCACGACCUCCGAUUGCUGGUCGGUCACGCCAACCUCCUCGACUCCCUCAUGCUGGACCUGGCCGACGCCGAGCGAGAACAAGAACGCUGGUUCAACCAAACUGUCAGCGGUGCCACCAAGGCCCAAGAAGAGCCUCGACACAUCCAAUGGGCUUCGACCGUGCUCGAAGAGCCCGAAGAGGACUGGGAUCCGGAAGAUGCCUCCGACCUGGACUCCGAUGCCAGUGAUAGCGACGAAGAGGAUUCCGACUUUGACGAAGUUGGCUUUGCCAUCAACGCCCCCAUUCGCCGCCGCACCCCUACUCCCGUCGGUCCCGUCGAGCCCAUGCUCAUGGAGGACGAGGACAAUGAUACCGACAGUGACUUUGAAUACGAUGAUGUAGAGGACCUCGAAGACCUCAGCUUGACAAGGUCGCCUUCGCGCCAGUCUCCGCCGGAGCUUCUCGCGGACUCGGAUGGCGAGUCCGAGGAUGAGGUCCUCCCUCCUUCCCCGCCUCAACCUACCUUGGAGACUUUCCAUGAGAAGGGGGCCACUACCACUGCCAUUCCGCUAGCGCCGCUAGCGGGUGAUGAUGACCAGCCACAUCUGUUCGAGACAGGGUAUUUUGUUACACAAGAAGAAAGUACCAUUAUCGAGGCAUACUGA